CGUCGCAGCCACUUCGGCUGCAGCAGAGGAUUAGGCACCACAGAGCCUAUUGUUCGAGCCUUGAGAAUUCUUGUUUUUGUUUUUUUCCCGAAACCUUCUCCUUGUUCCUUGAGAUAUGUGGGAGCUGACGUUCGCGGCAUUGUUUAAAUGAUCUUAUUUUCAUAAUGGAGCAAAGCACUGAGUGGAAAAUUGAAAGGCCAUGGUCGAGGGAGACGAACAGGCCUUCUCUGCGCCAAGGGCAACAAAAGUUUGGCAGAAUGAUGAGCGAUGACAAUCAAGAUAAAUUUAGAAAUAUCACCCGAAAGCCAGGCCUCCAGAUAUGGACCAUCAACAACAUGCAGAUGGCUCCUGUCCCACCCCAAGCCUAUGGUAACUUCUUUGAAGGAGACUGUUACAUUGUUCUACAUAUGAGUGACAAAAAGGGCUCUGGACAAUCCACUGACAUCCACUACUGGGUAGGGAAGUCCUCCUCUCAGGAUGAGCAGGGCGCAGCAGCCAUCUACGUGACCCAGCUGGACGAGUUCCUGGGUGGGAGUCCGGUCCAGCACAGGGAGACGCAGGGCUACGAGUCGCCUCGCUUCAGGAGCUACUUCAAAAAUGGCGUGAUCUACAAGAAGGGUGGAGUGGCCUCGGGUUUUCACCAUGUUGACACAAACGUCUACAACGUUCUGCGAUUGCUGCACGUCAAGGGGAGGAAGCAUGUCACAGCGACGGAGGUGGAGGUGUCAUGGAGCAGCUUCAACAACGGGGAUAUAUUUCUUCUGGAUAUGGGGAAAGCCAUAGUGCAGUGGAACGGCCCUCAGAGCAACAGGAGAGAGAAGCUCAAGGCCGUCCUGCUGGGACAGGACAUCCGGGACAGGGAGAGAGGAGGUCGUGCUCAGAUUGGCGUUGUGGAGGGCUCAGAUGAGCGGGACUCGCCAGAUCUGAUGAAAGUGAUGACGACCGUGCUCGGCCCAAAGCCAGCGCAGCUGAGAGAGGCCACCCCCGACACCAGCCCUCAACAGGCACAGAGUGGCUGCGUGCGACUCUACCAUGUUUUUGAGACCAGUGGCAAUCUAGUGGUUCAAGAAGUGGCCACGCAGCCUCUAACACAAGACCUGCUUCACUCCAAUGACUGUUACAUUUUGGACAACAGAGGCUCUAGUGUGAUGGUGUGGAAAGGCAAACAAUCCUCUCAGGAGGAGCGACGCGAGGCUCUGAACAGGGCAGCGGGCUUCAUUAAAGCCAAGAACUACCCAACCACAACCAGGGUGGAGGUCCUGACCGAGGGAGCAGAGUCAGCGAUGUUCAAGCAUUUGUUUAAAUCCUGGAGAGACAAAGGGCAAACUCAGGGUCUGGGCACCACCUACAGCAUCGGAAAGAUAGCUAAGGUUGACCAGGUGAAGUUCGACGUGAUGGAGCUCCACGCACGUCCUGAGCUGGCGGCGCAGCAGCGCAUGGUGGAUGAUGGUUCUGGAGACGUUAAGGUGUGGCGCAUUGAGAAUUUGGAACUGGCUGAAGUGAAACCGGGUACAUAUGGGCAGUUUUACGGAGGAGACUGCUACUUGGUGCUGUACACGUAUCAGCUGUCAAACCAGCAGCAGUACAUACUCUACAUGUGGCAGGGACGUCAUGCCACUAAAGAUGAGAUCACAGCGUGCGCUUACCAGGCUGUCAAUCUUGAUAAUAAGUACAACGGAGCCCCGGUCCAGGUCAGAGUGGUCAUGGGGAAGGAGCCUCGUCAUUUCCUGGCCAUUUUCAAAAGCAAACUCAUCAUCUUUGAGGGAGGCACAGGUCGACCAGGCGUGGUUAACCCUGAGAGCGAUGCCAGGCUCUUCCAGGUGAGAGGGACCCAUGAGCUGAACACCAAGGCCACGGAGGUGCAGGCGAGGGCCUCUUCUCUGAACACCAACGACGUGUUCCUGUUGAAGACCGACCACGUGUGCUACCUGUGGUACGGAAAGGGCUGCAACGGGGAUGAGAGGAUGAUGGGGAGAGCGAUCUCUGAUGUGCUCUCCAAGCAGGACAAGCAGGUGGUGAUGGAGGGCCAGGAGCCAGCUGAAUUCUGGGUAGCUUUGGGUGGAAAAGCCCCCUAUGCUAGUGACAAGAGACUGCAGAUGGAGGAGCCGCCUCACAGUCCCCGCCUGUUCGAAUGCUCCAAUCAGACGGGUCGGUUUAAGAUGACCGAGGUGGGUGACUUCGCCCAGAGUGACCUGGACGAGGAGGACGUCAUGCUGCUGGACACCUGGGAGGAGCUCUUCUUUUGGGUCGGAAACUUAGCCAACCAGAAAGAGACCAAAGAGGCGUGGAACAGCGCCCAAGAAUACCUGAAGUCCCACCCGGCGGGGCGCGACCCUGACACCCCCAUCAUCUUAGUCAAACAGGGCUAUGAGCCUCCCACGUUCACCGGCUGGUUCAACGCGUGGGAUCCUCACAAGUGGAGCGGAGGAAACUCCUAUGAGGAGAUGAAAAAAAAGCUGAGUGAUGCAGCAUCACAGAUCACUGUUGAGCCGAACCACGCUAACUUCAAUAAGAGUCCUUCUGGGAUAGGUGGGGGUGGUUACAGGGCUCCGGGGGGCCCCAUGAGCCCCUCUCCAGUCUACAGGGUCCACGGGGGUAAUCUGUCCCCCCGACCCUCUACUCCCACCAGCCCCUCCGUGCACAGAACCUCUAUAUCCAUCACCACCUCCUCCUCUAGCUUUUCUCCAUCCUACUCUGACGUUGAUGGAAGCGUGAUGUGUCUGGACCCCGAGCUCCUCGUUAACAAGUCUCCCAGCGAGCUGCCACAGGGAGUGGACCCCAUCCAGAGAGAGGCCUACCUGUCUGAUGUGGCCUUUGAGAGCCUGCUCGGCACAACUCGCCCAGACUUCCUGCGUUUACCGAAGUGGCGUCAGAAUGACUUGAAGAAAAAAGCGGGACUGUUCUGAGAAGGACGCGCCGUUGGAUUUCACAGAAGUCCACUGUCAAACCUGUCUCCGUGUAAUACUGAGAAAAUGUGCGGGAGUGCUGAGAUGGGAGUGGUUCAUCUGAAUGUAUCCAUGUUUAUUUUUAUUUUUUAUUUUUUACUUCUCAUCAGUAAUUCUGAUUACUCAUGUUGCAGAGAAUUAUCUUAUUAUCAUGAUUAUGUUGAACACGAAUGAGUGAAUUUGAGAUUAUGUGCUUUAUAUUUAUCUGUAUUUAUCAAUGUUUUAUCCUGAUCAUACUAUGACCAAGUUUCACAUAAUGAUGGUAAUUGAAUAUCAUCAUCAUAUGCCACGGCUGAAUCACAUAAAUAAUGAAAUAAAGACGAAAAACCUUUAA